AUGAUGUUCAAAAUUUCUUCCACUUUUCUUCUACAUUUCAUCCAUAAACCUUUUCUGAACACUAUUUCUACUUCUACAUUGCCUUUAGCCUCUGUUUCUACCAUCCAAUUCCUCAAAACUUCAUGUGGCCUUUCUUCGGAAUCUCCUUCUAUCAACGGUCGAAAGCUCAAGUUCGAUGAGAAAAGCAUCCAGCAGUACGAAGCCGUUAUCGGUUUCUUGAAAUCGCAAGGAUUCGACAAUCUACAGAUCGCGAAUUUGGUCUCGAAGCGACCUAAGAUCCUUGGAUCCAGAGUAUCCACCAAUCUGAAGCCUAAAUUUGAGUUCCUCCAGGAAAUCGGGUUCGUCGGUCCUUUACUUCCCAAGUUAAUUCUAUCGAACCAUUGGCUUGCUGGCAGCAGCUUAGAUUCUCAGUUGAAACCAUCAUUUUUUUUCUUGAAAGAAAUUCUUGAACCGGAUGAACAAGUGACUGCUGCUGUUAGUCGUUUUCCAGGCCUUCUAAUUUGUGAUUUGAAGGGUAAUUUUAAAUCUAACAUUGAUGUUUUGGCGAGUGAAGGAGUACCUUCUAGGAAUAUAGCGAAAACGAUUGCAUUGAACCCUAGAGCUAUUAUGUUAAACGUUGAUAGAAUGAUUAAUGCAGUGAAAAGGGUUAAAGAAUUAGGACUUGAACCAAAGGCUCGCACGUUUGUUCAUGCAGUUCGAGUAGUGCUUUCAAUGGGUGAUUCAACUUGGAAGAAGAAAAUCAAUGUUAUGAAGAGUUUAGGAGUGUCUGAGAAAGAGAUUUUUUCAGCAUUUAAGAGAUUUCCACCUUAUUUAACUUGUUCAGAGGAGAAAUUGAGGGAUGUUGCAGAUUUCUGUUCCAAUACUGCAAAGUUAGAUCCAGCUUCUCUAAUAUCUUACCCUGUUCUAUUCAAGUAUUCAGUCCACAAACGGCUCCAACCGAGGUGCAAAGUUAUUGAGGUUUUGAAGAUGAAAAAUCUUCUUAAAAUCAAAAGGAUUGCUUCGGUAUUUGUGAAAGGGGAGAAAGAAUUUGUGGAGAAAUACAUAGUUAAGCAUUUGGAUGAAAUCCCAAAUCUGAUGGACAUAUACAAGGGCAAUGUGGAAGCAGAAGCCGAAACCAAAAGUGUUGUAUAG